UCGUACAACGAAGUCGCUUUCGACUUUACCAAGCUUUAUAGAAAAAACCACCGCCGACAGCAACUAAAUAAAAGUGUCGAAUCGAAAAUUGUGAGGUUAACUCGAUCACUCGAUUUAAAAAAGUGUUCAACAAACAAAUAUUUUACGUCAAAAACUGUUCGGUCAUUGCACAGAGAUGGUAAAAUUCUUUAGUCAUUAAGUAAUGAUUGAACGAGCCAAUUAUCAAGAGGGUUGAAAUUGAAAUUAAAAAAUCUUCUGACAGUUUUGAGAUGGUCAAUGCGGAUUGUUCCUUGGACAAAAUGGGAUCAUUGGUCAUGCAAAGUCAUGAGUUAAACGGCAGUGCAGAAGGGUCGCUGUAUCCUACUAUGACCGAAGUAGGGAGUAGAGUUUACAAAUUAAGCGUACAAAUAGAGAAAAUCAGGCCGAAGCCAUGUCCAAAAUCAAAGAAAUUACAAUAUCUUGGCGAAGUGAAGAAAGAAUAUCAAUGGAGCGGAAGUGCAGGAAUGCAGAAUAAAGAUGAGAAUUCUGGAUUGCGCAAGAGAGAAAAGUUGUGUUUGAUAUGCAACGAGUCGUUUCAAUCUGCUCAGUCUCUCUAUCUUCACAAAAAAAAGCACCACCGAUUUGUUUGUCCAAUUUGCGACGCUUACUGUUCGACUCGAGUGCUUUGUGACCGGCAUGAAAAAUUGCACGUCAGCGACGAUCCAGAGCUGCCACACAAGUGUCAUUUGUGUUCUCAGAAGUUCGAUACCAAAAGGAACGUCAGACUUCACACCAGAGUUAUGCACACGAGUUUAACUUCAAGUUCUGUCAAAUCAUCCAUGUCACCGAUGAAAAGUCCAUCGAACGUGUUGAAAUUGGCUCAAUCAAAACUAAUGACUCAACCGUUGGAAAAACUGAGCUCUGUAGACAUUAAAGAAAAAAUUUCACGACGCAGCGAAGGUAGGAACACGAAUAAUCACGACGCUGUGACUUAUUCUUGUCGCGUUUGUUCCCGUGAUUUUCCAAGCGUCGAAGCCGCCGAAUCUCACUCUCGCGAACAUCUCGAAGAACUUGAGAAAGAACACAAAUGUAAUAUUUGUAAGAAAACCUUCAAAAAUGAAAUGGUACUUAACACUCAUCUCGCCCAACAUUUGUCACGUGCACUGAGGUGCCCGGUUUGCCCAAAGGCUUUUAUCAAUCGAGCGACUCUUAGAAUACACAUGAAAAGUCACGGUUAAGACAAGGCUUGUAACUUCUCACGAUUUUGCAUUCUAUCCACUAAUCUUUUGUUACCGUUAUUUUUCACCUGGGCAACAUCACACUUUUUUGCCAAGUGUCUUUUCGUCAUCUCGCUGGUACGUUCCUGAUGUGAUCGUCCCUUCAAGUUUUGUGAGCCAUGCUGAAAUAUUGUUUUGCAAAGUUGCAUCGUCGAUCUACAAUGAAAUUCAUUCUUUAAAAUAAUUUGAAACCGCAAUUAUUUCACGUUCGUUUUGAAAUGAACUGUCAUUUUAAUGUACUCGCGAGAAAAUCUAUUCGUUUUUGCGAUUUUUCCAAAUAUUUCGCACCAAGAAAAAGUUUUACGAAACGUAUAUCAUUUUUUUGUUUUUACGUGGUGAUUAAAGUAUCACGAAUUAAUCAUUAUUUAACCACAAUCAUGUUUAUUGCUGUUUUUACUCAAUGUGAACGAUUGAGUUCAAAUUUAGGCUGAAUACUUUGCGUUUUCGCUCAUGAAUGUAUGCGCGACGGAUGAGGUCGUCACACUCUGAUCAAAUAAUACACGUAUUCCCCGUAAGCUCCCUGUAAUUUUAAUAGUGAAGACUAAUCGCAGCUUUUUGAGUUUGCUUCUUUUUUCCCCAGUUAUCAUUUACACUACGGAAUUCCAUUUAUAUUUAAAAUUUUAUAAAAAAAUCUUUGGCUACUCCUUAUCGUUGUCAUAAGCUGAUGGAAUUUUUGUAAAUGUGUUCCGAUUUUAUUUCACUAGGAUUACAUAGCAUAAGACACAUGAAUCAUUGAUUUCGUGAGAUGUUUUUUAGUGCCACUUGAACCAAUAAAAUUACUCUCUUGAUGUGAA